AUGGAUAUCACCAAGUUCGUGACCGACUACCGGGAGUCGGCGUUCCUCAUCGGUGAUUACAAUACCUACCAUGAGCAGUUGUCGCGACGUCUCCGCAUUGUGAACAAGAAACUCGGUCGGGCAACACCCAAGAACGCGAAAUAUGCUGUAAAGGCCCCGGUCACGGCGGAGGAUAUCAAGAACAACAAUGAGGCUCUUCACCUGCUCCUGCUCAACUCGGAAAGGGCAUGGGCGCAGGCCAUGGCUAUGAAAGCCUCUCACUCCGACGAGAACGCCGACAAGAACAUCACCGGCUCUACGCGUAAACACAUCCUCUCGCGCUUACACAAGGCUACACAAUACGCGAACCAGGUUAUCGAACUCAUCUCCAACACGAGCGCAAGCGGAGCAUCAGAGACGGAUGUGCUCGAAGCAAAGGCGUAUGCCUACACUCUGGCUGGAGCGCAUGAGUUUGAGAAGCAAGCCGAGGGCAUCAAGAGCAAGAACGCGACGUCCCAGCGCUGGGCCCCGUGUCUCACCAAGUACUCAGCGGCGCGAGUCAUCUACAGCGCUCUGCUGAAGGCUACGAGGAAGGACCUGUUCAAAGAUGUGUUGGCAGGCACUACCGACCCCAGCAUCCGCUAUGCUGCCUAUCAGAGUCGCAUCCCACGUACAGUGGGUGUCCCGACUGUUGCGACCAAGUACUUCCCAAAGGACGACGCAGAGCUGGUCAAGGCCGUAGAGAAGCUCGACCCAGCAGCCCUGAAGGAAGAGGAAGCAGCUUCGUCCCACACCCAGAUUACGUGGCGCGGCCGAACAGCAAACGUAGUAGACGCUGCGAUUGGCCAGGCUCUAGCAUCUGUCGAUACCGCCUCCGCGGCCCUUGAUCAAUCUACGACUUCCACCUCAUCGCCCAAAGACCGUGCCAACGCCUACGACGACAUCCUCAUUGCGAGCCAAGACGCGGUCGACGCAACACGAAGGGCGAUUGAGGAGCUUGAGAAGGAAGGUGUCGAUGAGGGCGAUGCGCGCAUGCAGGAUCUUCGUGUCACGAAUCUAGCGGUCAACUACGAUCUCAUUUCGUGGCGAGUCGGGCGCAACCGAGUGCUUAUCGGCAAAGACGACGGUCUCACGUUCCCCGCGAAUCCUCCGCAAAAGCCGCGCCGACCGCGCAAAGACGGCAAGGAAUGGGUCGAACGGGAAGAGCCCACUGGCCGUAAGCUGGCGCGCUUACGGGAGCGCAUCGCUUUGUACGAUGCAAUCCUGCAAAGUAUUGACUCGGUCAAGGACCUCCGUGGUGCUGCUCGCGAUACCGGAUUCAUUUCCGAACUCGACGGACAGCGUGCAUACUUCCAGGCGCUGAAGUGCUUGAAUCUGUCACACUCGUACGCAUUCCUAUCAACGCCAAAGCAAGCUCUAGCGCUUUGCAACAGGGCGUUAACACUGGCAAACCAAGCAGCAUCUGCUCCACAAUCCCAGGCGUCCUCAACAUCCAACGCACCUAAGAUGGAAGUCUCCGGGGAGCAGACAAAGACGCUCAAGGAGAAUCUCGAAAACCUGAACUCGCACUACCGGGGUGUAGUGGCGCUGUCCCAACUAUUCGCAAACUCUGAUACCGCGUCCAAGGCCGGACUGGCAAACGCAGCGCCCGUUGUUGAGCGACUGAACGAGUACCCAUCGUCGGGCUCGGUUGAUCUGAAGAACCUAGUCACAUGGCCUCCAAAGAUCAAGCCGGUACCAGUCAAGCCUCUCUUCCUCGAUGUGGCAUGGAACUACGUAGAGUAUCCCGGGCGCACGCCGCAAGCGCAGGUGCCAGAGCCAGAGCCAGAAGAGGCGCCGGUUGAGGAGAAGAAGGAGGAGAAGCCGCAAGCCAAGAAAGGUUGGUUCUCCUUUGGUAGAUAG